ACAUUUAGGUUUCAGGGGUCUCAUAACUCGUGCGUGACUUUCCACCACAAUUUUUUUUUGUUUUGUUUAACUUGAACUAAAAUUUUAAAAUGUAUACUGUCUCAAAAGGACCCAGCAAAAUUGUAGCUAAAACAAGAAGAGGUCUAUCACAGAACUUGGAAAGACUAGAUAGCCGCAAAGACAAUAAUAGGAAGUCUUCAGAAUCUGAUAAUGGAGAGAUUAUGAGUAUGCCCAAACCAGUAUUUCAUUCCAAUGGUAAAAAGACGAUACACCAAAGAAUACAACACCACGUGAUAACUCCGCAGCACGAGGAGCUCAUCAGAUUUAUUAGUGAAACUUGGACACAGUCAGCAUAUGGAGAUAGUGAGCCAUCAACACCUACAACCUCAAUUGCAUCCGGCAGCUCAUCUCCGGUGCCCCCCUCCAACCUGUACUACCAGGACGACCCCAGCCCCGUGCUGCAGGACUUCAAGCCCUUCGACCUGGAGACGUGGUGGGGCAAGCGGCUGUUCCAGAACAUCACAAACUCCCUCUGA